AAUGAUCAUUACAUCAAUUCUUUAAUUAGUCCAUAAUAUCUUAAUCACGAAUAAUGCAGUAGAAAACAAGAACAUCAAAGAAACUUCAAGACCAUUUACAUCCACCCUCUUCUUAUAAAUACAUUCCAUCCCUCCCAUCAUCUUCAUCAAAAACUAUUACCCACCAAUACUUACUAUUCAAGAACUAAAAACCAACAGCUGUCGCUUCCAAAAUGUUUAACGAUGAGAUUAUUUACCCUUUCCUUUCAAUGCUAAACAAAUGUCCAGUGCUUAACACUCCAACAGAUUGGAAAGAAACUCCUGAGUCGCAUGUAUUCGUAUCUGAUCUUCCUGGUUUGAAGAAUGAAGAAGUUAAAGUGGAAAUAGUUGAUGAAGGAAAAGGGAAGGUUCUUCAAAUAAGUGGAGAAAGGGAUGCUGAGAAAGAUAAUGAGAUUAGUGAGAAGUGGCAUCGUGCUGAACGUUGUCGUGGUAAGUUUCUAAGAAGGUUUAGGUUACCUGAAAAUGCCAAGAGUGAUGGAGUGAAAGCUUCAAUGGAGAAUGGGGUUCUUGUUGUUACUGUUCCUAAGCAGGAGAUCAAGAAACCUGAAAAGAGAGUGAUUGAAGUUGAGGGAAAUUAACCAAUUCAAAGGCAUUAGUUUUAAGUUGAUGCAAAUAAAUGAUAUGCUGUGUUUAACUGUU